GAAGAACGAAUCAAAACUAGAAAUGUGGUUGGCAAGCGUUUCGCCUAAAAUGCUGGCUAAUGCGUUCUCAUCCGCUGAAAAACAUAGAGAAAAAGUUGAAAACUACUUUCAGACACCGAAGAGAUUCCAUCAAAUACUUAUGGGUUAUUAUUAUCACCGAAGAAGAAACAGCAACGUUUUGGUUCACGGAGAUUUCAAGCCAAGCAACUUAAUGCAUAGGCGUAGAAAAGGGGAAAUUAGAAUUAGCUGUCGUUGACUUUCAGUUGGUUCACGAUGCAAAUGCUGUGGUCGAUCUAAUGUACUUCAUUUAUACUGCUACAGACGAAUCAUUUCGCCGGGCCCACUAUCGAGAAUUACUGGAUCUGUACUAUGAGCAGCUGAAGGCGUCCUUGUUUAGACUACGCGUUGACCCAGAGCAGGUAUAUCCGGAGAAUACUUACAGAUCGCACGUGGCAGAGUGUGCAAUGAUGGGGCUAGCUAUAGGCGUGGCGUUACUGCCUAUGGUGUUGAUGGACAAAGACGAACCCCCUGCUUUUAAUGAGGAUGCAGAUAUUGACGAUAUUGCGGUGGCAGGUAACGCUCUUUUUAGAGAGCGUUUUAAUGGUAUACUCAAUAACUACGUCGAGUGGGGACUGCUGUGAGGAGAG